AUGACCACCCUGGACGACAAGCUGCUGGGAGAGAAACUCCAGUACUACUACAGCAGCAGCGACGAGGAGGAGGACAGCGAGAAGGACGACAACGAGGAGUCCCCCCCGGGUCACGAUGCGGUGAUGCCGGAAGAGGUGGCCCUGAGCGCCGAUGGCAGCGCCAUAAACACAGGCCCUAAAGGGGUGAUCAACGACUGGAGGAGGUUCAAACAGCUGGAGACGGAGCAGCGGGAGGAGCAAUGCCGGGAGAUGGAGAGGCUGAUCAAGAAACUCUCUAUGACCUGCCAGUCACACCUGGAUGAAGAGAAGGACAAGCAGAAGCAGAAGGAGCUGCAGGAGAAGCUGAACGACAAGCUGGCGCUGCACCAGGAAACGGACGACGAGGAGUUCCUGCAGCAGUACCGCAAGCAGCGCAUGGAGGAAAUGCGCCAGCAGCUGCACCCGGGCCAGCAGUUCAAGCAGGUCUUUGAGAUCCACAGCGGGGAGGCCUUCCUGGACACGGUGGACAGAGGCAACAAGAAGACGCUGGUGAUGAUCCACAUCUACGAGGACCACCUCCCCGGGGCCGAGGCCCUGGACGGCUGCAUGCUCUGCCUGGCCGCCGAGUACCCCACGGUGAAGUUCUGCCGGGUGCGCAGCUCCCUGAUCGGCACCAGCUCCCGCUUCACCGGCAACGCCUUGCCGGCCCUGCUGGUCUACAAGGGCGGGGAGCUGAUCGGCAACUUCGUCCGCAUCACCGACCAGCUGGGCGAAGACUUCUUCGCCGCGGACUUAGAAGCCUUCCUGCAGGAGUUUAGUCUGCUGCCGGAGAAGGACGUGGUGCUCUACACCUCCAUUUGCAGCGCUGCCGCCUGCUACGGCGAAGACAGCGACUUGGAGAUAGACUGAGGGACGCCAGAGCGUCGGGCCCUUGGUCCCCCCACUCUCCAGGGGCCCUGGCUAGUUUGUAAAGGGUU